AUGGCGGCGGUCUACUCGUCGCCACCAUCUGACUAUUCCCCGCUGUUUUUCCCUUUCCUGCAGCAGCUUUACGCCUGCCUCCGAGCACUUUUUCCUUCUCCUGUUUUCUGUUUGUUCUUCUACCCCGAGUCUGCUUCCUACAACCCAGGCUUGAACAACGAGGCCGGCACCCUCAUGGUCUUGGUGCCGUUCAAGCAACAGGAUCUACGGUGGCUCAAGGAGAUCCUCUACAAUGAGAAGAGGGUCAGGAAAGGCUUCUGGAAGCCUCCUCCCCAAAUCUGGCUUGGUGACGUCAGUCAAAUCCGAGUGCUCGACCCGCACUUUUUGCACCAGACGGCGGAGAAGCUGCUCCGGAUCCCCCUGAACCCCAAGAAAAACCAGAACUCGGCACAUCCCACCACGGGCAUCCUCGCUAUCUUCGUCGCUCUCAACUAUUGCGACGUGGUCCACAUAGCAGGUUUUGGCUACCCCAUCUCCAAAAGCAUCAAUCACCCCAUUCAUUACUACGGCUAUGACACCAUGAAGUCCAUGAAGCACACAAUGGAGACACUAUGA